GCUCCGGGGCGGCGGCGGCGGCGGCAGCGGCGGUAGCGGCGGGGCCGCCUUCCUGCCCGCGGCCGCCCCGCAGAGCCAUGGGCGAUGGGUGGCUGCCACCCGAGGACUGCGGCCCCCAGAACCGCUCCGUCGCCAGCGGCGGGGUGACGGCGGCGGCGUCGGGCGGGAGCAGACAGGUGACCGGCGAGCUGCUGUCGCAGGAGUGGGCGGUGGGGAUGAGCCUGUUGAUGGUUUUGGUGGUGGUGCUGAUCGUGGCCGGCAACGUCCUGGUGAUCGCGGCUAUCGGGAGGACGCAGCGGCUGCAGACCCUCACCAAUCUCUUCAUCACCUCGCUGGCCUGCGCGGACCUGGUGAUGGGGCUGCUGGUGGUGCCCUUCGGGGCCACGCUGGUAGUGCGGGGCACCUGGCUCUGGGGAUCCUUCCUCUGCGAGUGCUGGACCUCCCUGGACGUGCUCUGCGUGACGGCCAGUAUCGAGACCUUGUGCGUCAUCGCCAUCGACCGCUACCUGGCCAUCACCUCGCCUUUCCGCUACCAGAGCCUCAUGACCAAGGGUCGGGCCAAGGGCAUCAUCUGCACCGUCUGGGCCAUCUCCGCCCUGGUCUCCUUCCUGCCCAUCAUGAUGCACUGGUGGCGGGAUGAGGACCCCCAGGCGCUGGAGUGCUACCAGGACCCGGGCUGCUGCGACUUUGUCACCAACAGGGCUUACGCCAUCGCCUCCUCCAUCAUUUCUUUCUACAUCCCCCUUCUCAUCAUGAUCUUUGUGUACAUCCGAGUGUACAGAGAGGCCAAGGAGCAGAUCAGGAAGAUCGACAGGUGCGAGGGCCGGUUCUAUGGCAGCCACGAGCAGCCGCAGCCGCCCCCUCACCCUCACCACCAGCCCAUCCUCGGCAACGGCCGGGCCAGCAAGCGGAAGACCUCCCGCAUCAUGGCCAUGAAGGAGCAGAAAGCCCUCAAGACUUUGGGCAUCAUCAUGGGGGUGUUCACCCUCUGUUGGCUCCCUUUUUUCCUGGUAAACAUCGUCAACGUCUUCAACAGGGACCUGGUGCCGGACUGGCUCUUCGUUUUCUUCAACUGGCUGGGCUACGCCAACUCCGCUUUCAACCCCAUCAUCUACUGCCGCAGCCCCGACUUCCGUAAGGCCUUCAAGAGGCUGCUGUGCUGCCCGCGGAAAGCCAACCGGCGGCUGCACGGCGGCGGCGAGCUGGCCCACCUGCCCGGGGGCUUCAUCAGCACCGUGGGCUCCCCCGAGCGCAGCCUGGCCGGGACCUGGUCCGACUGCAACGGGGGCACGCGGGGCGGCAGCGAGUCCAGCCUGGAGGAGAGAAAUAGCAAAACGUCCGAUUCGGAGUCCAAGAGCCUGCCAGAUUCUGAGGGCCUCAGGAGGAAGUAAGGAGUCUUUAUGUAGACAAUUCUGUAUAACAUGAAGAUCAACGAUACUUGUGACGAUCGUCUCGCAGAAGGAAUCGAUCUGCUUUUGAUUGGAGAGGUUUGUCCACCUGCCUGGCCACGAGGAGCAGCACCGGGAACAGCAGGAUUGAGACAGGGUUUAAGCCCUGAUUAUCCACUGUGUAGCCGGACCGUGCUGGAGAGGAUGGGAUGGACUCCUGAACUUUUGGCAGAGACCUGGACCAGCAGCUCAGGGAACAGUCAGGCUAAUGGAUUUUCAUUGCCUUCUGCUUCUGUUCAUCAGUCUAGCUGAACCUGAAAGGUGGUUGUGUCUCCCGAAGACUUUCAGCAGGGCCAGAAGUUGCUGCUGCUCCUGCCUGCCCCUCCCUGCCCUGCGCCCUCCUGGGGUCUGCCAGCGCCUGCCCAGCGCCAGGGAGCUGCUUGCUGCCUGCUCCAGUGGUCAGAGCAGGAUUUCCUUUUUCCUACCAGCCUUGGUGCCUCAGGUUUUCUGAUCUGUUUUGGGUUGGGGCUUUUUCUUUUUUGUCCAAAUGGGAAACACAUAAUGAGAAACUGUUUAAACAACUUAUGGUACAAGGAAACUUGCUGGAGUAAAGUAUAAUGUUAUAAUUCAUUUCCAAGGAAGUGAUGCACUCUCCAAAAGCACUCCACUCAAGCACUGCAGUUUAAAGUUGCAUGAUAAUUGCUGCCCAUCUUUGGUGCUGCCUGCAGCCCUCCCCUGGAUCUGAGUGUGGAGCACGAGGAGGGCAGGAGUCUAAGAUCAUCUGCUCUUGCCACCAGCAACCGUUCAUCAGCAGGUUAUGGCAGGUCUUUGCACGCAAUGAGGUGCUCAGUGUGGGUAUGUCUGCUGGUGAAGAGGCACCAGGCACAUCAACUCCAUGCCAACAGAUAAGAUGUAUAUAAAUGUUAGGGAGGGUGUUUCCUUAACAAUGUUUUAAGCCCCUCAUAGCAGCAGUGUGGUUCAAGGUGACAAAGUGCAGAGAGUGACCAAGCAAAGGACCAUCUGCCCUGUCCCCCAGGCUGUGAGUGAGGUUGGUACCUUGACACAGUUGAAUACCCAAGGCUUAGGGAGGGUCUGUCUGUUUGAGCUGUCCUGACUCUUGGUUUGCUCACAUGGGGAGGUCUGCACAGCCUGGUGCUGGUGAAGGAAAGCCCAGGAACUACCAAAGGCCCAGAGGAAUUCUCUUGUUCUAUUUCCAGCCCUGCUUUUUAAGCUACAAAGGGCUUCAGAUCAGAUGCAUUUCUCAGGCUUAUCUGUGUGAAUAUUUGACCGCUUAUCCAAACAGAACAAAAACCUUCAAACCUUCUGAGGUCCAUCCAUCAACAGCCUUAUCUCCCCAUGUCACUGUUUGGCUCCUGGCUGCUGCUGCUUGGAGCCUCCCACCAGCCAGGGCUCAGCUCUGCCCACCACCUCCCAUCUCCCCUUCCUGGACAUUACCCACCAGAUCUCAGAUAGUACCCCGAAAAACCCAGGUGGGCUCUACCCUUUGGGAGCUGAGCACAUGAGCCACAGGGAUGCAGGAGGGAGGUCGAGGUCAGACACCAGCAUCAGCAGCCCCAUGGAGGUUCCUGUCUGGGUAACACAGCUGCACAGUUACUUUAUGCCCACUUUAUACAAUAGACUAUUCAGCCUUGUCAGAAGAGCCUUUGCAGUGCUUGGUACCGGGGCCACAGGACGUUUCUUGCUUUGAAGCUGAGCUGGCACAAGCAGUCGUCUGCAGUCCUGCCGUCCUGUCAAAGCCAUGGCCAAAAACAACAGGGUGCAGACUUUGGAAAGAGCCACCCAUCCACAGUGUAAACGACUUUAAAUGGAGACCUGGCUGGCUCAGGGCUUGAGAACAGCUUUUAAGCACGUGAGAGGUCGAAAUCCUAUGUGCAAGGGUGGGGAUGAGAGGUCUCUGCUGCUCAGAACUGCCUAGUCUUGGCCCAGACCUAGACAACCUUUGGCACUGGGGUGGCCUGUUCCUAUGGGGACCACUUUCCUACAGUCCUUUGCAGAGAAAACAAUGGCCUGUGGGCUGUUGUUGCUCUCCUCCCUGUGGUUUUAAUUUUUCUCUCUGUUUUGACAGUCAGAAGGGUAAAACUAAUUCCCAUCUCUAGUAUAACAAUGAAUUGGACUCAAUAGCAAGAGGAUAAAUGUCCUUUUUAUACUGUAGUGUAAGAUAGGCUAUUUAUAAAUACCAAAUCAUUGAUGGGUCAUCUUCAGGGUUUAAAAUAAACUUUUAAUUUAAACAUAGUUUUCCAGUGUUGACAGAUAUGAUAAAUACAUUUUUGUUCCAAUAAAACCAGAUUUUGACACUGUUUUGCAAAGAUCAUUACAAGCUAAGGAUUAUUCC